GUGUCAGACUGGUUGCCGCGGCAGCAGCAGUGUGAGGACGGCGCUCGUAUGAAGCGUUGCUGUGUUCCUCUGAGAGCCGACCACAACCUGCUGACCCCCGACACACACACACACAGGUCGGGGGUCAGGCUGCAUCAUGCUAUCCAAUGGAAAUCAGAGGGAGUGGCCCCUCAAUCAGCACGCCUGCAUGACUCCCCGAGCAGCGAAUCAGCUCAGACGCAGCGACGCCCCCCUGUGGCGACUCUGCCUCGCCGUCUGCGAUUCGAGGACGAGACAGAGACAGAGGCCGAGUUUCGUUACCUGGAGCGACAGCAGCAAAGGAGACGCACGGGGCAGCGAGGGUCGGGCGUCCUAGUCUCUAAACCGGACCUCAAGCUGUAUGCCAAUGGCAACAUGAGGGCGGGGCCACAGGGGGCGGGGCGUGUUGUGGAAGGAACGCAGAGAGGACGGAUGUCGGGGGGACAGUCGGGACAGUCUGACUCCCACAGGACAGUAAUAGGAGGCGGAGUCAACCUCAACCUCUAUCGACACCCACCUGUAGCUGAAGAGCGGGGGCGGAGUCAGUACAGGCCCUGCCUUAACCUGCGGACUGAGCCAAUCAGAGAGACCUACAUUGGCUCUGUCACCUGUAGUGAGACCUGCAGGGCAGGGCCUGUAGCUAGAACCAACCAAGUGGAAGUUAAUGGAAACCAUGUGACAGUUCCUCCUCAGGCCACACCCACCACAGACCUGCCAAUAAACCCCUACGACCCCAAGCAGCUCCCCCCGCCCACUCAGCCUUCAAGGUCUCCAUCACCUGGCCCUUUGUGCCACCCGAACUUGUCUCCUCCUCCGGUGACAUCAGAGAUGAUGUCACAGAUCAUAAUGAUCAACAGCCCCAAGGCGACAAAGAACCUGAACCAGGAGGUGCAGAGCCCGACUCUAGCAUCUGAACCCCUUGAAGGUCUCGGAGGGGGGGCAGAAGUGAAGGAGAGGAGGGUCUGUGAGGAGGACAGAGGUCAGGAUGUCAAGAUGAAGAGCUCCACCACCUCAUCCCUGUCAGCAGGACAAAGCUCAGGUAAGAGCAGCGAUGGACAACUUAGAAAGCCAAUGAGAGUAGAGCUUCACAGUGAUGACCCCUCACCUCCUGAACACUCAAUAACCAGAAACGAACCAGCUCGUCUGUCUCUGCGUCGUCUUUUUGCCAACGUCAAACUGAGCAGGACUCGGGCCGCCAGCCUCGACCGGCUCAUCCUUAGACCCCGUCCCUCGGGACCCGGCCAAACCAACCCUGAACCCGGCCCCUCGUGUCCCAGGAAGUCCUCCAGUCUGCUGAAGAAAACCCCGUCUGUUCAGUCUCUAAAUGUGGGGGCGCCCCUCUUGCAAAUGAGAAAGUCAUCGUCAGUCCAGAGUUUGAGGUCCGAGCAGAAGAAGAAGAAGGAUCGAUCUGCUGACUACAGACCAGCUGCUGAUCAGUGUCUAAAGAGGUGCGUCAGCAUCGAGGACGUUGGUUGUCCCUCGUCUGUCCGUUCUGUCGGUCGGGUUCUUCGGGUUUGUUCUGACGGAACAAUUCUGUUAGAAAUCAGUCGAUUGAACAAUCGAACCUUCGGAUUCGUCAUCAGUAGAGGGAGAGGACGACCCGACUCUGGUGUGUACGUGGAGGACAUGGUGGACUGCAGUACUCAGAAGUUGUAUACCGGCCUGCUGGCAGUCGGAGACGAGAUCGUUGAGGUGAACGGAGAGAAGGUCGCCUGUCUCAGUUUGGAUCAGGUGACCCAGCUGCUAACACAGACCACGAUGGCCACAAUCCGGGUCCUCCGACACCAGAGGACGACUCCACGGUGACGGUAGCAACGACAUCAUCUGUAACUACAACUGAAACCAUAGCUGUAAUUUUAAUGACCGUAUCUGCGACUGUACCUUUAAUAACAGUUAUUAUAACCCAUAAAGGUCUCAUAUCCUCCUCUUCUUCAGUAUAAAUAAGUCUCAGAGCUCCUCAAAACAUGUGUGUGAAGUUUCUU